GUGGCGCAGAUGGUCAGGGUGGAUGCCGGCGGGCUCAUCUCCAUGAUCAUACAGGCAGCGGAGACUGCGCACAGGAACAAGAAGAAAUGCAAGCGGCUCGCACACCGUGUCUCCAUGAUCGCCGACCUUCUGCCGCACCUGCAGCUGCAGGACCCAGAGGUGGCGCUGCCGCUGUCUGGGCUGGAGGACGCGCUCCGGGAGGCGCACGGGCUGGUGCUGUCCUGCCAGGGGAGAAGCGCGGCCUACCGGUUCAUCAUGGCCGGCAGGCAUGCCGAGAGGUUCCAGGACGUCCAGGGCAGGAUCGACGCCUACCUCAUCGUCUUCCCCAUGGUCAGCCACAUCGCCAUUACCCGCCGCCUCGAUCAAAUGUGCCACAUCCAGCGACAGCUCUCAGCAAACGGCCCCCCUGCAAUAGCACUACUAUCAACAGAGGCCGCUCCGGAGGUGGAGGACGGGCCGCACAUAUCCGACGUCGUGACCAACCUGGAGAGGGCGCUCAAACUCGCUUGCAGCUAG